AUGGGACAGUCUUCGUCUACACAAAGAGACCAUCGCCGCAGCCUUUCAGAUCAUUUACUUUUUCGAACAGCACGUGGAUGGGAGCAUAGACAUGAAGCUAUGAGCGACAGGCGACAUUUCGAGCAAACUGGGGAUGCCGGCCAUCCUUCAAGGACGGAAAUAUUCAAUGACAAUAUGCAAACUGCACCUUCAGUCCAACCAGGGACAGCCGCAGAGCUAUCGGGACAGUCUACUUUUUCGGACAGCUGGCGAACCAAUCAUUUGGGAAACACGCGUGGAGAAAAUGGAUCGGUUUUUGACCUAGGCCAUCAACAGGACUACCAAGAUUACCGCUCUGCAACCUUUGCCCGCAUGACCGCGAGGAGGCAGUCUACCAUGUCGAGAUUAGGGUCCAGAAUAUUGCCAAAUUCGGUUAUCCGCGGGCUGCUAAGCAGUGAGGAAGAGACACCUGCGGAGGGACACGCUCAUCGACAUGGCGUUUCAAGAUCUACACCGAGGAGCGAGGUGGCCCAUAAUAGCAGUCGCUUCAGCCCCUUCAAUUCCCUGGGCUCUAGAGGCAUUACCAGGCGUUCACUUCGAGCGCCUUAUUUCAUACCGCGGAGUGAUCCAACUCUGGCUCCAGACACGUCUACGCCUUCAGCUUACCCCGAUCCUGCCUCCGAACGUGCCCGAGAGUCGAACAGAGGAUCCUGGCGUCGAAGUGCUCGGCUCCAUCGUGUUCGGCGCUCGUUAUCCAACCCACUGUCUCAAAUGCUCGGCCAACCGUCCACGGGCAUAUCGUCCCCUAACACCGAGGGCGAGGGUGCAGUGCGCCCAUCUUCUCCUGGUGAUGGCCCUUAUCCUCUCUUCCCUCCUUCGACAGAGUUGGAUAGCCGUAUGGAUUUUGAUGAGCCUCAUGGGGCUCAUGAACUCGAUUCGGUUGAACCGGCAGUACGGCAUACUCGUCCAGACUCUCCUGCAUCUAAUCAGUCUGCACAAGAAGUGACGAAUACACGGCAAAUUCCUAGUUUCUUGCGGGCGCAGCCUUCCCGAGUUUUGCGGCGAGAAGAACAAAUGCCUAUGUCGCGAGUCCUACAGCUGGCUGCCGCUGCGAUUGCAGCCCAACUCUCUGGCUCAACUAGUCCGGUGCUCCCGAAUAUCCAGGCUCUCGGUAAUGAUGGAUUAAAUGGCUCAUUGGAGAACUUCAUUCAAAGUCUCCACAAUGCCACGUCUACACAAGCGAACCCUAGUGAUGCGCCAAAUCCUGCUGGAGAGGGUGGCCCUUCGCCUCCGCUCAAUUUCUUGCGGGUGUUUCGAUUUGCCAACUCGGAUCCUGCAAGGGCUGACGCUACGAACCGGACCUCAACAGGGUCAGAUAAUGUCAAUAACCAAGCGGAUGGAAUGGAUGUUGAUAACCAACCAGAGGGCACUGAAGCUGAAGGACGUACAGUCACCCUGGUCGUUGUAGGUGUCAGAUUGGUUCCGGCGAGCAACGGUCCCGGCAAUGACCAACCCAACCCAGGGCAUGACCUGGAUGCGUUGCUCCGAAUGCCGUUUCUGUCGCCAGGAAUACGGAAUCCAGAUGGUGGCUCGAACCGUCCUGAUGCAGCGUCGAGACUGUUCCCCAGCCGUCUGUCAAGAGAAUCUGGCGCACUGUCUACGAAUGAUGAUACGAUGCAACAAGGAUCUUCGAACGUCCCUCACAGACUCUCUGAUGCAAGUAUUGGUAGCCCGCUUUCUUCACUCCCUAAUUCUUCGCCAGCGAGCCCAUCUGGCCCUCAUCCUCCACCUUCGACUCCCGCUGAGCCAGGUUUGUCGACGUCGGCGUCUGGUGCUUCAACACCGAGUCGCAGACCAUCUUCUACAUCGGCUAUGUCGCCGAAUGCUUUGCCGCAAGUCCACGAAAACCAGUCAAUACAACCUUCGGUUGAGCAUGCUGAAGAACACGCUCCGUUGAACACCGCUCGUCAACGGCGCAGGAGUGAUUCUGAAUAUGCUCGCCACCGUGGCCUCGGCGCUGGUUCUAAUAGGCGAAACGGUGUCGUGGAACCCGACAAUGCAACCCCGCCAGUAGGUAGAAGCUGGCUAAUCUAUGUCGUGGGGGCAAACGUUUCAGAGAACAAUCUGGCGUUUGCAACCCCGAGUCUUUUUACCGACAAUCCGACUUACGAGGACAUGAUCUUGCUGUCAUCGCUGUUAGGACCGGCAAAGCCACCGGUUGCCACACAGGAAGAUGUUAGCUCAGCUGGCGGGCUGUUCCGUCUUGUGGAAUAUGCUGGAUCCUUGGUUGCCGAGGCCGCCGAUGGCGCGGGCAACAUCCAAAUUCCUGAAGGUGACCGUUGUUUGAUAUGCCUCAGUGAUUACGAAGCAGCGGAAGAACUCAGGCAGUUGACCAAAUGUCAGCAUGUCUUCCACAGGGAUUGCAUUGAUCAGUGGCUCACAACCGGACGCAAUUCCUGCCCGCUAUGUAGGGGUGAAGGUGUGACAGAAACGCAGAAUACGAAUCCGGCCCAGGGCCCCGCGAUGUCGGGUGAAAUCUAA